GUGAUUAGAGCCCCAGGGUUGUUUUGUUUCCCCGUAGGCCUGCCUUUAUAAUUUGUUCCACAGCUCUUUUGCCUCCUCUCUCCGAAAUUUUCUCUCAUUUUUCUUUCUUCUUCUCCUUUUUUUUGCGUCCCAUCACUUUCUCGGAUUUUCUCGGCGACUUUCUUUCGUUUUCCCACCUCCUCUGAAUCCCCCAGAGGAUCGCUCUCGAUUCUUCUCUUCUUCCUAUUCUCCGCCCGAUCUGUUACUGUUUUUUUUUUUUACUGUCAAAUUCAAUGGAGCUUGUGAAACAAGAUGGGAAUGAUUCUGUCGAUAUGCUUAUCAGACGUGCGGUUGGAAAGGAUCCGUUUCUUUCAUUUCAUAGACCUGAAAAUAGUCCAGUCCAGCUUUUUCAACUUCUCCAUACCUUAGAACGUCCAGGCUGGCCAUUGCUGACCCCUUUGAAGAUACAAAUGCAGAAGUGUGAAAAGUGCAGUAGGGAGUUUUGUUCUCCUGUGAACUUUAGAAGACAUAACCGCAUGCAUCGCCGUCAAAGGAAGCCUGAAAAGGAUUCUGGUAAAGAGAGGGAUGCGCUGGGAGCCUUCUGGAAUAAGCUCUCUGCAACUGAUGCAAAGGAGAUUCUCUCAUUAAAGAGCAUGAUGCUUGAGGAUGUUCCUGGGGCAUCAGUUGAGUCAGGAUUAAUGUCACUUAUCGAAAAACCAGGAUAUACUGCUCUGCCACAGUAUUAUCUAAGAGCUGGUUCUGGCCUUUUGGAUAUUCUCCAGGCUAGACCACCUAGGUUUCCAAUUUCUUCGCAGGAACUUUUUAGCAUUCUUGAUGAUGCAAGUGAAAAAACUUUCCUGUCUAGCGAGGCUGCACCAAUGCAAAAGUACAUUUUUGACGGGGAAAUAGGAAAAACUGUACUGGAGGCAAAAAAUGUUGUUGCUUGCGUAAGCUUCCUUCUGGAACAGCAACUGAUUAAAGCAUGGCUGGCUGACAAAGAUGUGGAAGCUCUGAGGUGCCAAAAUUUACUGGUUGAAGAGGAAGAAGCUGCUCAAAGAAGACAAGCUGAGCUCUUGGAGAGGAAGAAGAGGAAGAAGCUAAGGCAGAAAGAGCAGAGAGAGAAGGACCAGAAAAAAGAUGAUAAGGAAGAAGAGAGCACCACAUCAGAGGAACAACAAUAUCCAGCUGAGUCAUCAAGCCCGUUAUCUGUAGCUUCUGAUGCUGAGGCACAGAGACCAGAUUCCAUACCAAUUGAUGAUUCUUCAUCCCUCGAGGACCCGCAAGUUUUGGAAACGAAUAAUGGGAGAAACGUUGAAACUCAAGCGCCAAUGGUUGAUGAUAAUGGCUUAGGCCAUGGCCAAAACAUGGAAAGGCGAAGUGGCCGUAGGCAAAUGCAAAGAUCACAACAGGGAAUGCUGAAUGGGUUCCAUGUUAAUCAUGCACCAAAACUUGGAGGCAUGCGAAAGAAUGGAACCAACAGAGACGCAAGAGUCAAUACUACUAAAGUUUGGAGCCGAAAAUCCGAUAACCCCAAAUUGAUAUCACAACAUGCAGCUGUGACUCAGCAGGAUCAGACAGAGAUCAGCGAAUUUAGAAUUGGAUCAGUGAGUGUAACAAUCCGAAACAGUGGAGAACAUAACCAAACCAAAUGCAGUGAAGGGGAGGGAAGAACAAAGACUGUUGAGGCGAAACCUACAUCGGAGCAAUCAACUGUAAAAAUAUGGAGACCAGUGAGCAGUCAGGGAAGAAAAAUCUCAACAGUCGAUGAAAACACAGACAAAGAAGAUAAGAAGUCAAACUCAACUCUACCCAAAGCAAAGACCGCUCAUCACAUAAGCUUACAGUUUAACAACCACGAAGCAAAGGCGUUUCUUGCAAAGAGAUGGAAAGAGGCAACCACUGCAGAACACGUGACACUGGUUCUCUCUCAGGAAACCAACAUCUCGGGCAACAACACUCACGAAUCCUCAAAUGGUGUUAUAACCGCAAGACCAGAGCUGAGGACGAAACCCGAAAAGGGCACGAAGGUAAAGUAUGUUCCAAAACAGAGGAUUCCUUGAAAACUUGAAUACAAAAAAAAGACAAGCCUGAUUCUGGACCAGAGUAUCAUUCUUUUUAGGUAUACCAAAAGUGCAGUGUUAGCGAGCGAGACAGAUCUUUUCUUUUGCUUCUAGAGAGAUUUUUCCCAUUUUAAGAGUCUUCAUUCUUUCUUUUUUUUACUUCAUAUUCUUGGUAGACAGAGAUUGUUUUGUUAUUUUGUUGACCUUUUUUUGCCAUCUUGAGGGUUUGAAAUUUGAAACUUUGAAAUGGGGUUCUUUGAUUUUUUGUGUAAUAAAGUUAAUUCUCAACACA